AUGGCCCCCUCCGUAGUAAUUGAUACCACCCCCGAGGUCGUCCUCGAGAACACCACUCCUGCCGUCCAGGAAUCCACCCAGCCGCCGGUGGUUGGCCGCACAAAUGACCUCUUCUCCUUAGGCAACCGCACAGUCGUGAUCACCGGUGGUGGUCGCGGUCUCGGGAUCGUCCUCGCGGGUGCCGUUGUUGAAGCCGGAGGUGACGUUGUCUGCUUGGACCUUCUUCCUAGCCCCAGCGCAGAGGAAUGGGCGUCUGUGCAGAAGCUGGCCACAGCCCGCGGAUUGAAAGCAACAUACAUCCAGUGCGAUAUUACGGAUGAGCCAUCGACGCAGAAAAUCCUGGAACAAGUUGCCGCGGAGGGACGGAGUCGGGGUAUGCCGCUGCGUGGAGCUGUGACCUGUGCUGGUAUUCAGCAGAUGGUGCCUGCUUUGGAGUACCCGAUUGAUAUGUGGAAGAAGAUGUUGGAUGUGAAUGUGAUCGGAACAUUCAUCCCCGCAAAGCACUGCGCCCGUAUUUUCAAGGAGCAGAACAUUCCUGGGAGCAUUGUGAUGAUUGCUUCUAUGUCGGGCCAGAUUGCCAACCGGGGAUUGACUUGCACCGCAUACAACUCCUCCAAAGCUGCUGUGCAUCAAAUGUGUCGCUCCGUUGCCCAGGAAUGGGGUCAGUACGGCAUCCGUGUGAAUACUCUAUCCGCAGGUUACAUCCGCACCGCCAUGACCGAUGCGCUGCUUCAGGAAAAGCCCGAGGUCGAGGAAACCUGGAUGCGCGGUGCAUUGCUAGGCCGUCUCGGUGUUCCGGAGGACUUCAAGGCACCGACAGUGUACAUGCUUGCUGAUGGAAGCGGGUUCAUGACGGGCACGGAUUUGAGGGUCGAUGGUGGCCAUUGUGCUUCUGCUUGA